AUUUACUUGGUACGCGUUGCCUUGCGUUGCCGUGCCUUGGCUUUACUGCAUCUAAUUGAGGCCCCCGUCGCCUGCGUAAAUGCGGCCCCACUUGUCCAUGGCAUCGGCCUAGCGACCGCCAAAACAACUCCAACACCACCCGAUCUCUCCUCCAUCUCCGUCUCCGCCUCCGCUCCGGCCCUCCACCGGCUUCAAGAACCGCCCAACAUGUCUCGCCGACCUCCCAAAGGCGAGUACAUCGAGACUGACACAGGUAACAAGGUCGCACGCAAAGCUGUCCUUGUCGGUACUCAGAACAUCAUGCUCGGCGGCAAAACCGUCAUCCAACCUGAAGUCAUGAUCCGCGGUGAUCUCGCUCGGACAGCCACAUCGUCAUCCUCUGGUAGCUCGCCAGCGAACAACACAGCCGUCGCCAUAGGCCGAUACUGCUUCUUAGCUCGAGGUGUCCUGCUGCGUCCACCAGGCCGCAUAUACAAGGGCGCUUUUACAUACAUGCCACUGCGCAUAGGAGACCACGUCUUUGUUGGCCAAGGGACAGUAGUGCAAGCUGCAGCUGUGGGAAACCAUGUGCAGAUCGGAAAGGGGUGUACGAUCGGAGAGUUUGCUAUUUUAAAGGACUACGUCAAGGUGUUGGAUGGGACGGUUGUGCCGCCGAGCAUGGUCAUUCCGAGCUUUUCUAUCGUUGGGGGACAGCCGGCUAAGGUUAUUGGGGAGAUUCCCGAGGGAGGUUAUGAUGAGUUUGAGCUGAGGGAUAUGUACAAGACGGUGGGAAAUAAUCCCCAUCCUCCAGCGUCAUGAGAGUGUCGCGACCGGCCACGGGUCGGUGUGAAAUCAGCAGAGAGGAACAUAUGCGUUAUACGUUAGGAGGCGACGAGUUUGGUACAAAUUAGGACAUGGCGGAAUGGGUCAUAUCACAAAGCGAGAUCAUCAUCCACAGCACAUACCUACGACUCUACGGCACUCAGGACGACGCGGAUGAUGCACCAGGCAGGGUUCUUUCCUGAGGUUCAGCGAUUAUUGGAACAAAGGAACCUAUCGCCAUUCUGUUGACCUUGAUGGCUAAAGCUAGGCUCCCAAAAGACUGCCUGGAGAACCCUGAGCAUACAGACAGACGGGGUGAUAUUUGAAGGAGGAUUAAGUUAGUUAUUUAGAUAAAUGUCAAUGAUACCCUUUUAUGCGUA